CUUAGCAAAUAUAAUAACUAUAAUGGCCGCUCUAUUGAACAGUAAUUGCCCUGACCUUAAACUUGUUGCGCGUGGAAAAGUACGAGACUUAUAUGAAGUAGACGAGAAAUCUCUUCUUUUUGUCGCCACGGAUCGUAUUAGUGCUUUCGAUGUCAUUAUGAAGAAUCCUAUCCCAGGAAAAGGCAAAAUUUUGACACAGAUUUCAUUGUUUUGGUUCGAUCUUUUGAAGGAUAUCAUCCCCAACCAUUUGAUAACGGCUGAUUUUGACCAGAUGCCUGAAAUUGUUCAAAAAUACAGAGAUCAAUUAGAGGGACGCUCUCUUUUAGUGAAGAAGAUGCGUGUCGUUCCAAUUGAAGCAAUUGUACGUGGUUAUAUCACCGGUUCUGGUUGGGCCGAAUAUAAAAAGAAAGGAACAAUUUGCGAUAUACCCCUUGAAACAGGCUUAGUGGAGAGUGAAAAGCUUCCUGAAGUGCUUUUCACCCCUAGCACCAAGGCUGAAAUUGGAGACCAUGAUGAAAAUAUACAUCCUUCAAAAAUGGUUGAUAUAUUAGGAGAUAAAGCAAUUGCUGACAAGAUUACACAGUCUGCUAUUGCUCUGUAUAGUAAAGCAAGUGAAUAUGCUUCUAAGAGAGGAAUUAUCAUUGCCGAUACAAAAUUCGAAUUUGGUUUAGAUGAGGAUAACAACUUGACGUUGAUUGACGAGGUUUUGACACCUGAUUCCUCUCGCUUCUGGCCAGCAAAUGCAUAUGAAAAAGGCAGAGUUCAAGAUAGUUUCGACAAGCAAUUUUUACGCAACUAUCUGGAAUCAAUUCACUUCGAUAAGACCACUAGUAUUGAAUUACCAGCUGAUGUCAUUGAAAAUACUUUGGCAAAGUAUAAAGAAGCAUUUUUUAUGUUAACAGGGAAAAAAGUGCAAUUGUAAACACUAUACAUCCACAAUCUUCCGAUCCUGAAAUACCUAUGAAAUGUAAAUAAAUGCUUG